AUGCGGAUACUCAAUUCAGCGAAAACAAAAUUUUUAUUAAUUUUUGUGAUCAUAUUAUAUUCAUAUACAUUAUACACAACAGCAGUAAUAAGAGAAUUUUCACAUAAAGAAGAAAUAGAUCAUGGAAAAGUAUUACCUCGUAUAUGGGUUUCAAAAGCAUAUGAUGAUGGUAUAAUGGUAAUAAGAAUAAUUAGAAAAAAUGCAACAACAUCAAUUAAUAAUUAUCUUUGUUUCUAUGAAAUGUUUUCAUUAAGAAUUAUUAAUCUUGACGGAACAGUGGUAGAAAAGAAUUUAAAGUUAGAUAUUCAACCACUUAAUUAUUGUGUUUUUCAAAUGAUCAGUGGUGGUAAAUGGAUGGAAUUUUUGAAAUAUUUUUUAAUCAGAAAGAAUCAAAUUUUAAUUACUUAUUAUAAUGCAACAGAUGUUAAUGAUCCUUCUACAUAUGUCGAAUGGGGAAUGGUAAUGGAUUUUGAUGGUAAUAUAUCAAGUCGAUCAUCUAUUGGAAAACCAUUUAUUGAUAAUAAUUUACAAUUAGCUAUACCGAAUUAUCAAAUAGUACUUAAUAUUAAUAGAGAAAAAGGAUUUAUGAGAUAUGCUAGAAAUCAAAAUAACAAUUUGGAUUGGAAACAAUUUAGAAUUGAACCUAAUGGAGCAAUUACAGAGUUAACUUCUGGAGAAUUUGUUUUUUAUGGUGAAGAAGGUGUAUCAGUUGUAGUUAUACAUACAGUUGAUGAAGGUUACGCUAUUGUUUUCUCAAAUAAUACUUUAAAUGCAACUAACCCAUUAUCACCAAAAGGUCAAGUUUCCAUUUUACCUAUUGGGUAUAAUCAAAAUCCUAGUCCCUCUUUAUUAAUUUAUCAAACUACUGCUCCAAAUUUAAUUUUUACUUUUUUGUUUUGCAAUAUCGCAUUUUUUGAAGUUGGCCAUGUUUGUAUUUUAACUAUUUUACAAUUAGAUCCUACUGGAACUUUGCCACCUGAAUCUUUUUAUAUUAAAAUUAAUUUCUUAACUUCUGGUUCUGUUUUAUCUUUUCAAUCUCAAGUUUUACCUAACGUAAAUCCAAAUCCAAAUUUGGUUUGGAUUGUAAAUAGUUUAACAUUUGGUGGUUUCAUUUUAACAAAAUUUGUUCCUACUAGUCCAAAUCAAUUUUUUAUUUAUGGAUUUUUAAUUGAUGGAUAUAAUUCUGCUCUUAUUAAGUGGGAAUUUCCCGAACCUGAACCUAUAGGAAUAAAAGGUGUAUAUCAAAUAUUAUAUAAUAAUACUCUCUUAGUUUCUCAAUUAGAAACAGAUAAUUCUUGGCGAUUUCAAGUAAUUGAUUUACCAAAAUUUAAUGGAAAUAAGGAUAAAGGUUAUUUUAAUUUCGAUAAUUUCAACGUGGAAUCAACUGAUCCUGCCAUUAAUUCUACGAUAAGUCCAGAUAUACAAAAUGUUAAAAUUAAUUUUUAUGAUCCAGUAGAAUUAUCUGAUGGUAAUUUAACUAUUUAUCAAUUAAUUGAUAAUCAACCUUAUUUACGUCAAUACAUUACUAAAUCAUCAUGUACGUUAAGUAUUGAUGGUAAAACCAUUAUUGCAAAAAUAUUAGAUAGUACUUUUAGUGUAUCUGGUGGAAUUUAUUAUAUUAAGAUGGACAAUAAUUUUGUUAGAGAUAAGACAUAUAAAGAAUUUCUAUUAGGUAUAAGAGAUAAUAUUUGGAAUUUUAAUGUAAAACAAAAGGAAGUUCCUUUUGCACCUUCAAUGAACGGUUUAUUACGUUUGACUCCUGAAGGUACAAAAUAUUUUGAUAGUUUACCUCAGGAACAACGAUCCAAUUUCUUUAAUAUUUUAUUAAAUGAUUUAUCUAAUGCUAUUCCCGUAUCUCGUUCACGACUUACUAGUAAUGAAAAAACUCAAUUAGAUCUUAGUAGUGUAAAUGAAAAACAGUAUUUAAUUUCUAUUGGUGUUGAAGAAACUAGGGUUGAUAAUGAUAUAAGUGUUGCGACCGUUGUUAAUAAUACUAAUACUAUGGUUAAAAGUAAAGAUCUAACUCUAAUUAAUAAUGGCCAGGCAUCUAAAUACUUGGACCAAUCAUAUGGUUUCAUUCCUACACUGGAUUUUUGGGAAACAUAUAAGUACAAAUUAUUAGCCAUAUUAUUAAUUAUUGGACUUUUGAUUAUUUUAUUCUUUUUGGCUCGAAGAAGGAAUAGCAAUGGUAAUAAUAUUGCUAUUUUACAACUUGGUUUAAUUAUUUUUGAUUUGGUUAUUGAUAUUACUUUUGUAAACAAUAAUGCUAAAGACGUUCCUGUUCUUUAUUAUCCAAGUAUUGUAUUUGUAACAGUACCAAUAGGAAUAAAUACUAUAUUAGCUUUUUAUCUUAUAACACAAGAAAAUAAAAGACCAGAAUUUCUUGAAUGGUUUACGGCCCAUGGAAAAGUUGCAAGCAUAUUUACUAUAUUAGCUAGUACUGAUAUUGAAGCAUUAAGUAUUUUACAUUCAAAUUUAGCUGGGUUUUCAUCUUUUAACGCUCCUUUUUCUGAUGAUGCUAAAUCAAAAAUAUUUUGGGGUGCUUGUUUAAACAUUUUUAUUGAAGAUAUUCCUCAAGUAAUCAUUCAGGAUUUAUUAUGUGGGUUCUUACGUAAUCAACGAUAUAAAAAAAUUCAUUUUCUGCAAAAUUGGUCACGUGACAAUAAAGAAAGUGUUAGUGUGUUGCCACCGAUUUUAGACGAUUGGAUAGGUAAAGUUACUUAUUGUAGUAAAGUAAUUCGACUCAUCUGUAUUUAA